GGCUGGGGUGAGACCAAAAGAAAAAGAAAAUUAGAGGGGCGAGGGCUGGUCUCUUCUAGGGCGCGCGGACGGAGGCGUCUUCGUUGCUCCCCUAAGUCCCCUUCCGCUCGCAACCCGGUGGACGGCGAGGGCUUCCGGCACUUGAAAAAAUUCUCAGCAUGUCUUGGUGCACCAUUGAAUCUGAUCCUGGUGUUUUUACUGAACUGAUACAACAGAUGCAAGUAAAAGGUGUUCAGGUGGAGGAAUUGUAUUCACUGGACCUUGAUUCCCUGGAUAAUCUACGGCCAAUUUAUGGGUUGAUAUUCCUUUUCAAAUGGCGACCUGGGGAAAAAGAUGAUCGGGUUGUAAUAAAGGACCCGAACCCAAAUCUAUUUUUUGCCAGCCAGGUUAUUAACAAUGCUUGUGCAACCCAAGCACUCCUCUCUAUUCUGAUGAACUGUCCAGAUAUUGAUAUUGGCCCAGAAUUGUCGGCGUUAAAAGACUUCACCAAAAAUUUUCCACCAGAACUCAAAGGACUGGCUAUCAACAACAGCGAAGCUAUUCGAACGGCACACAACAGCUUUGCAAGGCCUGAGCCUUUUGUCCCUGAAGAGCAAAAAGCUGCAGGGAAAGAUGAUGACAUCUACCAUUUCAUAAGCUAUAUACCUGUUGACGGGGUUCUGUAUGAGCUAGAUGGGCUGAAGGAAGGCCCAAUCAGCCUCGGGCAAUGCUCCGGCGGACAAGGAGACAUGGAUUGGCUACGGAUGGUGCAGCCAGUGAUCCAGGAACGGAUUGAUCGGUACUCUCGGAAUGAGAUAAGGUUCAAUCUCAUGGCUGUUAUAAAGAACAGGAAGGAGAUGUAUACAGCUGAACUUAAGGAGCUCCAGAAGAAGAGGGAGCAUCUUCUGCAGCAAUUGAAUGAUCAUAUGAUUACAGGUAACAAGCAAAGUUCUGCUGUUGAAGCAAUAAACAAAGCACUUUCUGAGGUGGCCUCUGGGAUAGAAAGUGCAACAGAGAAAAUACUGAUGGAGGAGGAGAAAUUCAAGAAAUGGAAAACAGAAAACAUAAGGAGGAAGCAUAACUACAUACCAUUCUUAUUCAACUUUCUGAAGAUUCUUGCAGAGAAGAAACAAUUGAAACCUCUGAUAGAGAAGGCCAAGCAGAAAUCAUGUAAUCCUAGAUGAUGAAGAUCUGGUGAUGUGGGAUUCACCAGUGAAAUAUUACUUUCGGAUGCUAGUAAAGUUGUUAAGUGUCUCUUCUUUUUUCUGUUGGUUAGUGUCUUGUGGCAAGGUUUGAGAUUGCAGGAUGUUCAUGUUAGAAUAGAACUUAGUGCACUUUAUGUUUAUGGCAGACUGAGGUCUGAACUCAGUUAAACCAAUCCAAGUUGAUUCCAGGAGAUUCUGAAACUGUUACUAAUCUAUGCUACUUAAUGGAUCCCCUCUGAAACCAUUACUGUGGCCA